AUGACGUCACCGGACGCGCAGGGGGCGGGGCCAAACGUCUCUAUUGCAACGUUCGUGGACGCGCUGACGGCGGUGCAGGUCGGGGGGUCCAUGGGGCGCCUCUGCCGGUGCCGUUGUCGGGGUCGAAGCCGGGGUCAAGGUCGGGGUCAAGGUCGGGGACACCGGCGCCACCGCAGCUGCCAGAAGACGUGUUCUUGUUCCCCCAAGCACGCCUGCCCGUCGAUGACGUCACCGAUGACGUCACCGCCGCUCGCCGUGACCACCACCUACAUCAUCUGGCCCCCCCCGGCCAUCACCACCUUGGGGGGGCCCCGCGUGGCCGUAGGGCCACGGGAGGGGGCGGGGCUAUGGAGGGCGAGGGCGCCAUGGGGGGGGGUCGUGCUGCUGACCCAGGUCCUGCCGGGGGGGGGGGGGCCCGAACCCGGGACCCCCCUGAAGCGGCAGAAGGUGUGGGGGGAGCCCCUGGUGCUGGGAGUGUCGCAGCUCCUGCUGGGGGCGCUGCAGUGCGCGCUGGGCGCGGCGCUGCUCGUGGCGCUGCGGGACCCGUUCGGGGCGCAGCUCGGGCUCCCCCUCGGCGCCGGCGCCGCGGUGAUGGUAUCAGGGGCAGUGCUGGUGGCAAUGGCGCAGAGACCCUCUGUGAGGCGGGCACGGGUGGCGCUGGCUCUGGGGAUCGUGGCCUCCAUCGGCUCCUUCGUGGCGCUGGGGGUGGAGGGGGUGCUCAUGCCCCACGGCUGCCUCACAUGCCCCUUCCUGGGGCCCGCCGCUCAGGAGGCGCUGCUGGGAGCGCACGCGCUCCUGCUGACGUCAGCGGCGGCGGCGGCCGCGCUCGCGGUGACCGGGUCGGUGGCGGCCGCCAGGGGGCGCAAGAGGGCGCGGGAGGGGCCGCCCAUUGUGAUCUACCAGACGUCGCUCCCCGCGCCGGGGGCGGGGCUUAGCGAGGCCACGCCCCCCUCUGGCUCCGCCCCUCAAUAAAGGCCUAUGGGGUGCUA